AUGCCCGCAGCAGCGAACGGCGUGGGGCAGCCCUCACGGGAGUCCAGGGGACCAGACCAGAAGCCAGCUUGCGGCACGGAAAUCUGGCCCGGCAAACAUGCCCGCUUGGCCCACGGUCCAGCCCCGCCGCGCCGCGCCUGGGGCGCUCGGGAUGCCUCGGCCACAGCACCAGCCCAGCCACCUGUAGACCGGGGCCGCGCCCGGAAGGUGCAGCGGAGCGAGCGCACUGGAGCCGGCCGGCCCGACGGCCGCUCCCCGCGGUGCAGACGCCGGCCCCGCGCCCUCCUCGCACUCGCGCGCCCCUUCCCUCUCAGCCCAGCGCCGCGCACCUUCCGGGCCCAUCCGGGGCGCUCAGACGGUCCGCACUCCGGCCCCGACCGCGCCGGGGCGGCUCCUGUGCCGGGGCUGCCCGGGGCGGGCUCGGACCCCGCACCCGGGCACUCGCUCUGGGGGCCACAGAGAGCGUCUGCGCGGCGGGGCGCCCCGAGCCGUCCCGCCCUCUUGGCCAGCAGCCUCCGACGGGCCCGCGCCGUCCGGGACCCCCGGGGCCCCGGCCCCGCUCCCCACGCUGACCUGCGGCUCUCGCGCCGGCUCCCGCUGUCUCGGCGGCCGCUGGGGCUCCGGCUCCGGCCGCGCCGCUCACGGGCGCCCCCUGCAGGCGGCUUCGAGACCCGCGCUGCGUCUGCCCCGCCCCGCCCCGCCGCGCGGGGCCACCGCGGCCAGUGCGGGACCCGAGGCGAUGCCCAGGCAGGGCGAGGCCACCAGGGGCCGGGGCCGCGCCAGAGCCCCGCAGCGUGGCUCUCCCGGGCUCGCAUCUGUCCCGGGCCGCCUCCCUCCAGGGCCCACCCCCUUCCCUUCCUCUGGCCUCCUCCCCGGCCCCACCCCCGCACUCCCUCUCCCCCGAGAGACCCCAGGGCCGCCUCUGCCGCUCUGGUCAUCCGCCGUCGCCAGUCAGUGCUGGGCCGGGCCGGUGGCCCCGUGUCACCCCUUCCCCAGUGCCCAGGGGCCCGCUCCUCAUCUCUCCAUGGCUCCCCAGUUAGACGUGAAGUCCAGCGCCCUUACCGCAGUCGGUGGUCGAGGUCCCGCCGGGUCCCGGGUCUGUAG